UUGGCUUCCCCUCUGUCCAUUAUUUCCUUAAUGUAUAUUUCCAUCGGCAGGCGAGAGUUGGUUUACAGUGUUUUUGUGCCUAUUCUUACAGGGGUGUUCCCCUUUAAAUACGGCAUGACAACAAAGCAACUGACAACUACCGUAACUAACUGGAGUAGCUAAGGGCCUUCCCUCCCCAGACAGGGCUUCCCUUUGAUUGGCGGCAUGGGACAUCAAUCUUCUGUGAUCUGAAAGGUCCCUCUGCCCCGGAAUGCUGGCAGUCCUGAGAUGUGUACACACGCCGGCCCUGGGGCAUUGGGUGCAGGGAGCCAGGCUGAAAGGAGAAAGGAACAGGCAAGGCACUAGGAAAAACUUCACAGGAUGCAAACUCCUGGGUUUGCACUUUCUCUUUCCUGGCUGUGACUCUGUGACUGCUGCUUCCUGAUCCACCUAGUGCUACAGAGAGAAACAGCUGGGAGAAGGGGCAGGGGAAAGAACAGACCUGGAGGCAAGCGGCUCUGGGAUUGCUGAACCCCCGCUUGGUGUUUCCUACCCAACGGGAGGUGCCAGGGCAGCUUUAUCCUUUCCUUUGAAGACUGCAGUGAGUUCCUGAGUGUGGGUUUUGUUCCCUUCAUGGUCUGUAUAUCUACACGCCCUCAUGCAAUCAUCUAGCUACACUGGUAAUCUGAGACCCAGGCAGCACUUUUGUGGGCAUCCGGCUGCAGCCAGGAUGGGAUAAUGAAACGUCAGUGAGCUGGAGAGAGAUCUGGAAGAAAUGCAGAAGAAAGGAGCUGGAAGUGACCACUGUCCAGGUCCGGUUUGCUCCCAUGUCUUUUCCAAGGAGGAAGAUCACUGGAGUUCCUGGUAGCAGUUCUGUCCUUUCAGCCACCUGCCUGGAUGAAGCUUUGCAGCUGCCUGACUCGACAUCUCUGGUGGCUCCCAUAGAUCCUGGCUUCUUGGGAAGUUUGCUCUUGAUCUUGUUCCUGCUGAGGACGCUGCUGAAAUGUGCAGCUCCUUCCCCCUGCUGCUUUCCCCAGACCCGCAGCAGGUGCUGCAGGCCGUGCAGGGCCUAGUGGCUGAGCUGCACAAGGACAAAGAAGGCAUGCUGGAGGGUCUCUUGGGAGACGCUGAGUGCGAAGAGUAUCUGGGGGCUCUGUGUAGACUCCUGGCUGCUCCCAAAGUGAGGCUGUGCAGCAACGUCGCCUACAUCCUGGGCACCAUUGCCGAGAAUGCGAGCGGGGCGGCACGCCUGGUGGCACGGGCAGGCUCGGGCUCCGAGGGGCUCCUGGAUAGCCUGAGCACCAUGCUGACCUGGGACGACCCAGAGGCUGUGAUGAACGCGGCAGGUACCCUGGGCUCCCUGGUGGAAACAGGUCCCAGCCGGCAAUGGCUGCUCCAAGCCCCGAAAGCUGACGAGAUUGUUGAGAAGCUCCUGGCGCUGCUAGGCUCGGCUGACGAAGGCACAGCAAGCAACGCUGCCCUGGUGCUGGCCCGAAUCGCCGGCUCCCAGGAGGGCUGCGUGAAACUGCUGGGCCACCCCCAAUCCCAGCACCUCCUGAGACAGCUGAUCGCUUCCCUGAAGGCUGAGGAAGCAGGCUGCAGCAUGAACGCUGCCUUCACGCUGGGGCGCCUGUGUGAUACGGACCUCGGCCUGCGGCAGCUCUUUGCCCUCCCUGAAGUCUCCAGCAUGAUCCAUGGCCUGGUGUCCAUGAUGGGCCGCGCGGAGGCAGGAGGGAGCCGGAACGCCUGCUUUGCUCUCAGCUGCCUGGCUGCCAACAAGGAGGGGCAUGACCACGUGCUGCAGAGCCCUGCCUUCCCCCGGGCUCUGGAUACGCUGUGCCGCCUGCUUCGCGCCGAGGAGCAGGAGUCCUCCUGGUUUGCUGCCAUGACCGUGCGUGUGCUCGCCAGCCAGCCCAAGGGGGUGAUGACACUAAGAGAGCACCCAGAGCUGGAACUCCUCCUGCAGGAAGUGGCUGCCUCAGAGACAGUAGGACAAGAGCUGCUAGAGGAAGUGACCGGCACCCUGGCCAAGCUCCAGCGCCUCCCGAAACCCCCGCCCCCGGACGCCAAAGUUCUGGGUUCUGGUUCCAUCCAGGUGGCCUGGGAAAGUUUCAGGCCUCAGAGCAGCCUUGAGGUCAAUUACAGGCUCUACGAGGGGGGUGCCCUGCUGUACCGAGGGCCAGCGCUCAGCUAUGCCUUCGCGGGCGGCGUGCCACGCCAGGAAUACCGCUUUCAGCUCUGCCUUGAGGCGAGGGGCGACCGGGGGCCGUGCAGCGAUGCGACGGUGCUGCCCAGAGAAGAGCCGGUGCCCAGUUGCCCCUUGGACUUCCGCGUGACAGCUCGCACGGCCACCCAGUUAAAACUGAGCUGGGCCCCUCCGGCCGAGCCCAACGGCCCCAUCAAACACUACACCGUGUACAGGGAGGAGGCCCUGGUGGGCUCCACCCCAGAACUCAGCUGUGUCGUAGGAGGCUUGGCUCCUUCCGCGAGCUACCGGCUCAGCGUCUGCGCGUGCACCAGCAACGCCCAGGGAGAGAAGGCCACCCUGCUCACCAAGACCAUGUCCCUGAGGGGCCGCGCCCCGGAGAGGUUAACCCUCGUCGUGCUGGGGCGCAGCGAGAUCUUUGUGAGGUGGGAUGUGCCCAAAGCGCCCCUGGGACGCUUCUUUAACUAUGAGCUGUGCCUGAAUGGGGAGGUGGUGUACCUGGGCACGGCGCGCUCCUACCUGGCUCGCAGGCUCAGGGCCAACACGGCAUACACCUGCACCGUCAGCGCCCUCACCAGCGCGGGGCGCUGCGUCAGCCGGCCAGUCACCAAACGCACGCCCAGGGAUGAGUACAGCGAUGUCAGCAGAUGCCAUUACCCCUCCCCGGGGAGCAGGCAGCCUGCCACAGCCUCAGCGCCCAGCGAGACUCCGGAAAUCCCUCAGGAGCCAGGAAGGGGCAGAGGCAAUGCAGGGGAGUCGCUCAAACCUUCCCCUGCCAGGACCCCGAGAGCCCCUCUCCUGCUGUGCGGAAGGGCGAGUAAAUCCUGGGAGAUCAAGAGCAGCGCGAAACCCGCUGCCGCGCCCAGGAGAGACCCUUUGUCCUGCUCCAGACAGCCAAGCCAGGCGACGCGAGGUGCCGGCCCCUGCAAGGCUGCCCCACUUCCCAGGCAGCGGGCGCCUGACCCAAAGAGCCUCCCCAGGCAAAGCGCACUUCAGCCCAGCGGGGAGAACAGCUCAGUCAGACCUGGGACACCGAGCAAAACGCUCUUCCCAGAGCUGGCAACAGUCCUCCCUCUCAGGCACCCGGCUUGGCAGGGCUCACCCGGUCCGAGUGCCGUGCCCGUGUCCCUUCAGCUCAGCCGCACCCUAGAGCGGAGGAAACCCAGGCAGGCAGCCUCAGGCCAGCAGGGGCCGGGCUACGGGCACCCCCCUGUCCUGGAGAGCUUGGGGCAGGAGCAGCUCAGGGCUCCACCAGGGAGCCAACAGCUCCGGGGGCUGCAGAGGCCAAAGCGACAAACAAGGACUGGCCGGGGCUGUAGCCGGCUGCUGCCCGCCGAGGAGCAUCACCGGAGUCCUCAGAAGACAGCUGUGCCCCUGGGUGUAUCUCCCAAGGGAAACGCCAGCCCCCACCCUGCAGUGGUACCCACCAGAGCUCUCUGCCCUCAGCGGAGGGAUGGCCGCGGGAAUGGAGCUGGGUUUAACGCUGAACGGACAAGGGAAGAUGUAUCCCCGGGGAGAGGCCACCCCCGCCUGCCGCUGCUCUGCCUUUCAGAUUGGCUGGCAGGGCUCAGCCGGCGGGCCCCACAGCGUGGCAGCUGCCGGGGGCCGAGUGUGCUGGAGCAUAAGAGGACCCGGAGGGCUCUGAUGCCCAGAUUCCCUGCAGGUCCCCGAAGCUUCCCAGCUAACCCCCUCCCUGCGAUGGGCAGGAGGCUCUCUGGCCAGACGCUCCAGGGGACCCUCCUCGGAGACCAGCUGCUCACCCAAGCACACGCCCCAGAAGGAAGAUGCGGGCAGGGCCAGCUGCACCCCCUGGCACCACGGCCUCAGCCAUGAAAAGCAGGAACCGUGGCCCUUUGGAUGAGAAACUGAGGCCGGAGCUGCUUGUACUGGUGGGCGCUGAUAUGGCCAUGCCCUGACAGCAUGUGGUCCUGGGUAAUGCCCUGUGCCAUCUCCAUGGCCUGACUCAGCGCUGACGGAGGCCUAGGGAGCAGGAAAUCAUCCCUUAAGUCUGGAUUUCUCAUACAGAACUGACCUGACCUCAUGCCUCCGCCUACCCGAGGGGUCCCCAGGGGCUUUACCCCCCCACCCCGGCCUUUGAUGCCUGCAGUGAAAGUGCCUGGGAUCUCGACUGUCUCCCCAGACACCCACUGGCAGAGCGGAGCAACAUCUCAUCUAGAGGCUGGCACCUGUGCCAGCUGCCUGCCCUGGUGCAGGACCGGAACCCACGACAGUUAGAUUAGAGGGAAAGUGGAGACAGUGAAUGUUCGGCACCCCCCUGGCAGUGAGGGGCUCUGGGUACUGCCAGGGCGGGCAGCUUGCAGGAGAUUAACACACACGCACUCACUGUGUUACUCUCUGACCCCCACUGGCCAAUGACAGGGGGGCAGGGAGAUUAAAGACAGGGCCUGGAGGUGGGGGUGGAAAGAGAUGAGAAAUGGGGGGCCCCAGAGGCCCCCUCGUCUCUGCUGUCCAGCCUGCAGCACACGGGGAGGCGCUGACACUGGGCCACCAGCCACAGCUCUCAUCUUGUCACACACCCAAGAUUUGCCAGGCCCAGAACUCGCAUCCGGGACCCAGACACAACUCUCCGGGAAUUGUCCCUACAGCUAAAUAGCUUUGGAAUAAACCGUCUCUGCUGCCGUCGAGACUGGGAUGUUCCCUGGGCACAAACAACCCGAGAGGGUGCCCUGCAAACUCAUUCCCCAACAGAGGGCGCAGCACCUUCUCCAGCACACACGUGCCCAUGCACUAGACGGUGUCACACAAGGAUUCACCAAACAUACCCGCUCACCAAUCGAGGGUCCCCCUCCACAUCAUCCACCACAGGCACCCCAGGCACAGAAGGCUCAGACCAUGCCCCAGCCCCCCCCGCGCCUGACAAAGCCCCCAAGUGGGACCCCAGGUGAAAGACACAAAAGAUUCCUUUUCUACAGGAGAUGGAAAACGCGGUGGGAUUUGUGCUCUGGCGUGUGCCUGGCUCCUCCGGUUCUAGCUGCAUUAAAUCAUUGUCAGCAAUAAAGGGAAACCAGGGCGGUGCCAGGCGUGUGUGUGGACAGGGGGUAACAUUGGGACUAAACCCAGCAGCAGCCCUGGGAACGGGGUGCACUUUAAGAUGCCACCUAUGGAGCAGCAGAGGAGGCC